AUGGGCUUAUGGCCACUCGAUCAUGAUGUGGUUCUCUUUGCUUGGCUCGACUUUUGCAAGAAACACGAAAUAGAUUACUUGGCAACAAUCGAACGAGAAUUGAAAGAGAAGACUGGAAUUUCUCGUUCAAGAGCCGCUGUAUGUACCCACCUCCGCUAUAUUGAGUGGAGAUACCGCAAGCCAAAUGAAAAACGCAGAAUUCAGCAUGAUGAACUCGUGUCGCAUAUUGGAAUUAUUGAGACCGGAUCUCAAGGUUUGCGGUACCCUCCGAAAGAAAUGACUCCGAGAAUCAGAAAGGCUUUGCGCGAAUAUGAAAAAGAGUACAGCCAAGAUAGAAUCCAAAAGUUGAUGAAGGUCACAUCCAAGAAUAAGCCGAGCCAACUAGAAGUACACCCCCCUCCUCGAAGCUCGCCUCCUGUGAAGAAGCCAGAAUGUUCAUCAAGUCGCGUUCGAAAAAGGGUUUCACCGCUAGAGGACGGGGAUUAUUCAAAUAAAAAGAGAUGUGUAGAAAAGAACACUAAGUCAAUUCCACCUCAAAAGCAGCGAAGAAAGCUUGAACUUCAAAGGCUUCAGCUUCCGUCUACACUAAAAAGUGCGAAGCUUCAACCGCUGAAUGACAAGUUGCCCACCAAAACAAAACUAUCAAAUGUUCAACCAGAAAUCUCACAUCUUUCCAAAACCCCCUCCAUUGAUGGAGAGGAUGACGACGAAGUUACAGGACCAACUCAGAAACGUAUUGAGGAAGUUAUAUCAAAAAGUCAAGAAAGCUACAAGAAACGCUUGAAGGAGAAGGAAGCAGAAAUAAUUGCCAUUCGCGAACACUGGGAUUGCGACAUUCGGGAACUCCACGAGAGAAUUGAAAAGCUUCAACAAGCAAAUCUGGAACUAGAAGCUAAGAAUUCGAGUUUGGAAUCAGCUGUUAUCGAUGUCCGUAAUGCAGGAAGAAAUCCAUUGGCAGAUAUGAUUGGUCAAAAGAACAGAGAAAUCUGGAAAUUAACUGAUAUGAUUCACCGACAGUUCGAAGUAUCAAAUAUCAAGGAGACACAAGUAAAAUACAUCCCACGUCAAGAUGUUAAGAUUGCGAUGAAAGAAAUUCGUCUCGAGUUAGAAACAGUGACUCAAAUGCAAGAAUUCUCAAUUAGACUGAUUUCAAAAGAUUCGUUCAGCGGGGACUUGGACCACUUGGUCAAUUCUGCUUUUUCUUCUACCGAGGGAUCGAUUGACGGCAGGAUUCGAUUAAAGAGGCUGGCCUUAAGAAUCGGUUCAUCUGCGGUACUCAGCCUCUUAACCAUAACUGCAUUGAGAGAUUGGGUGUUCCUAACAGAUUUUCCACGGGUAGAGUUGGGAUCUUUGAGUCUGAUUGAAGCAUAUCGCAGCAUUGCUUUUAAUCAAGGCGGAUGGGAUGAAUUGCGAUGUUACGAUUUCGGGGCAUUCAAGGAACACAUGAAAAAAUCAUACUUUAAGGAAGAAUUGUUUCGUACCGCCAAGCAGCUUUCGUGUCGGUUGUCAAGGACAUUAAGCCUUAUAUUCGGCAAAAGUCUUGAAGAUAUGGUAGAGAAUGUCUCCUUUCACACGUGGGGUGAAGACUUGGAGUCCUGGAAAGAGAGACAGUACCACUUUGAAAAGCUUUUUCGGAUUGCCUUGGAGUUGAAGAGUGACUCUAUAAUCACGGAUGAUACCUAUACCUUCGAAUUUCUUCUGAAUGAGACACACGCUAACAAGCCAUUUGAUGAAUCGGAAGCUCCUGAAGGGUUUUGGCUGCGAUUUUCUAUUGGCGCAUACAAAUCGAAAUCAUUGGUGACUCAGGAUGAAAGGGUUGGUGCGCUCGUCCAAACACGGAAUUUUUUAUCCUCUGUAACUGACGACUGGAUUUGCGACUACCGGAAGGACCUAUAUCUCAGUAUUAAUCGAGCACAUAAUCCCGAAAUCAUGUUAUCGCACAGCAGAGAUUCAAGUAGACUCGCUGGGAGAUCUCGGACUGAUAGUCAAAACCUAGAGCAGGAGGCCUUUCAACCAGAAGAUCCUGGUACCUCGGAGGUGACUUAUAACAAUAGUGUUAGAAUUGACAAUAUAUCCGGACCGAUGAGGAACACCCCACAGCUUCCUUUACAACUCUCUGGUAUGUCAUCAGAGCAUAUGUGCAAGAUAUGCAAGAUGAACUUUGAAAAAAAUCAAGGUUUGAGGUCGCAUCAGAGAAAUAGGACUUGUAGGCGAUGUAAGGCAUGUCGAAAAGUCUGGCCAACGAUAGCUGCUUUGAAAGAACACAACAGUAAGAAUCAUAACGAAGAAAUUGAAGAUCUUGUGUCUAGCACGAGUGAUCAUUUGGAGCCACAGCCAGCAGCAAUUCCCGUUUCACACCGAGAGACUAAAUUGAACGUGGUCAUUGAAGAAGGUAUAUGUGAGGAGGAUGAUAUCGAGGAGAAUGAUGUCGAGGAGAAUGAUGUCGAGAAGGAUGAUGUCGAGGAUGAUGUCAAGGAUGAUGUUGAGGAUGAUGUUGAGGAUGAUAAUAUUGAGGAUGAUGAUGUUGAGGAGGAUGAUGAUAUCGAGAAGGAUAAUGAUAUCGAGGAGGAUAAUGAUAUCGAGGAGGAUGAUGAUGUUGAGGAUGAUAUUAAGGAUGAUGUUAAGAAGAAUGAUAUUGAGGAGGAUGAUGAUGUUGAGAAUGAUGUUGAGAAUGAUGUUAAGGAUAAUGUCGAGGAGAAUAAUGUUAAGGAGAAUGAUAUCGAGGAAAAUGAUAUCGAGGAAAAUGAUAUCGAGGAGAAUAAUGUCGAGGAGGAUGAUAUCAAGGAGGAUGAUAUCGAGGAGAAUGAUAUCGAGGAGAAUGAUAUCGAGGAGAAUGAUAUCGAGGAUGAUGUUAAGGAUAAUGUCGAGAAGAACAAUCUUGAUUUGUACUCCGCAAAAGCCUUGGAAAUUGUGAGUAAUGGAGAGGCAGAUCAUCCCCGCACCACAAAAUCUCGAACAUGUUCAAUUAGUGAGAUACCCAGCAGCAUCGAUUUCGAGCAAGAAGAAGGAGAAGAACCAGGAUCGGCAGGAUCAGUCCCGUGCCUCCUUUCUACAAUUGAAACAGACGAUGUCAACCUUUUACCUAAAGGAAAUAGGACUAGUGGCGAGGAAAUUGACUCCGCUUCACAAGAAACAGAAGGCGAGGGACUAAUGACCUCAGAAAGUAAACACGCGUGGGAGAAAUUUGAGUAUGGCGAAGGGGAUAUGGUUGGGUCUGAAGAUUAUAGGCAUCGAUCUAAUUCGCAGACAAUAAAAGAACUUGACGGUCUAAUCGAAAUAGAUUCGGAUACUUUUGACACCAAAGAAGACGCGGCUCUUGAUGUAUAUGGACAAAAAAAUGAAGCCGAAUCCGAAAGUUCAAGUACUACUGGGUCUUCCACAAGCGACAUAAAUUUGAAAACUUUGGGGACUCAAUCUCCGGAUCACUGGAUCAUUGCAGAGGGUUACGACACCUCAAACAUUUUAUUCGAAAGUCCUAGACUAAUACCUGAAAGACGCGCAAGCCAAUUGUUUUUGGUAACCACUGAGGACGAAGAGGCCGCGGAUGAAGACGCGGAUGGAUACAGGAGUCCUGCAAAUUUUAUUGCGGAAGAACCCAAGAGUAUCAAUGCCGCUGAGGGAGAGAGUACCGAGUUGGGCGAACACCACGGUGGUGAGAUCAACUUAUAUGAUGGUAAUAUUGGAGUUGACCAUGAUGACGACGACCAAACAGAAGAAAACAAGAACUCUGAAAGUCAUGGUGUUGAUGACGAAGAGGGUGUAAAAUUGGACGAUGACGAUGGCAGAGAAGCCCCAGAUAGUAGCUUCACUGGGGGAAAAACAGACGAAAACGAAAUCAUUGCAUAUCAUGAAGCACAGGAACCCGAGGGGGUAGAUGUCACUACGAAGCAGCAUAUUGAAGACUAUAUCAACAACACUGAUAUGGCGAAAGACGAGAGUAAAAUCGAAGUCGAGAAUAAAGAUUCUCUCCUGGAGCACAAAGUCGAGGAGGAUAGAGUCAUGGAUGAGGAUGUCGACGUUCACAACGAUAUGACUGUUGGAACAAAAAUCGAGAAAAGCAUCGAGUUUUCAACCAAUGAAAGAAAUGACACAGAGAGUGACCAGCCACUCGCACGAGCAAAUCAGAGCGCGGACAAGUCAAUUGAUUGCAAUUCUCCUGUGAAUAAGGUGCAACAACAAGGCAAGUCAAAUGGUGCGGACGUUCAAUCGGAAGUACAAUCGGAAGUACAGUUGGAAGUACAGUUGGAAGUGCAAUCGGAGGUACAAUCGGAGAAAAAGAAGGAUUUGGAACUCGAGGAGGGCGACAUCGAUGAAGUACAAGUCGUUCCCACGGAGUUUGCAAAUGAUUGA